GCAAAAGGACUGUGUAAUAUUUGACCAAAUUGGUCAUCUUUAAAUACUUUAAAUACAGUGUGUGUGGUUGUGUAGUUGGAUAGGAAUGUCUUCUCCUUUCAUAUCCCUUGUGUUGGGAAUUGUAUCAAGUUUAUUUUACUUUGCAACCAACGUUUACUCACAAGAAAUAUUAGGGUGUGGUGGUUUCGUCAAGUCAGAUGUUCCAAUCGAUUUCUCUCAAAUUGAGAUCCAACUUGUAACAUCCGAAGGAAUGUUGAAAUAUCAAGCAGAAUGUGCUCCUAAUAACGGUUACUUUAUGGUGCCAUUUGUGGAAAAGGGGAAUUUCCAACUAAAGAUCAAACCACCUCAGGGUUGGGCGUUUGAUCCCAUGUCGGUUGAUUUACAAGUAGAUGGUGUGAGUGACCCGUGCACAACGGGGAAGGAUAUUAACUUUGUGUUUAAAGGUUUCACACUUUCUGGCAAGGUCUUAAGUUUGGGCUCCGUCACCACAGGACCACAAGGAGUCAAAGUUGAUCUUAAAUCAUCAAGCAAGUUAAUAUCAACAACAACAACAACAGAUGGUGGUUCGUUUAGUUUUGAUGGAAUAUCUGCUGGUUCUUAUAAGAUUGUUGCAUCCCAUCAAAGUUACACUUUUAAACGGGAUGAAACCUCCGUGGUGGUAACCAAUGGCAACAAAGUAUGUGACAAUGACAUCAUUGUAUCCGGGUACGAUGUGCAUGGGAAAGUUACUGCACGAAAGCUGCCGGUGGCCGGCGUUAAUUUGCUUCUGUUUGCCAAGAAAGCUGCAGUGGAAAAGAUAACCGGUUGCUCCCCAAACCGUCCCGCUGGUUCAAAAGGUGUCACAAGUGGGGAAUACCCCAUUUUCCUAUGCUCCGUAUCAUCUGAUACAAACGGAGAAUAUUCAUUUCCAAGUCUCCCACCUUCAGAUUACUUAAUUAUUCCAUUCCAUCGAGGAGAACGGAUACAGUUUGAUGUUGAGCCAAGAGAGUUAAAGUUUUCAGUGGUUGACAAACGUGUGGUUCAUGAACAUGGGUUUAAAGUGACGGGCUUCUCGGUGCAGGGAAGGGUGUUGGACGCACUGGAUGGAAAACCUAUUGAAGGUGCUGAGGUUCUAAUUAAAGGAGACACCCAGGACAAGACAGAUGUGAAUGGUUACUACACGUUGAAACACAUGAACAGUGGAAUGUAUGAUGUGGAAAUUAGAAAGGAAGAUGUUCAUUUCCCAUCAACUAAGCUCCGAGUUGGUCCUGACACUCCAAUUCUACCAAAUAUUAUCGCUGAGUCAUUCUCUUUAUGUGGGCGAGUCAGCAUAACUGACAACCCAACGAGUAACUUCAAGAAAUCACAAAUCGUGGUUGAAGUCAUGACGAAGAAUGAAAAAAAAAACAAGAAAACGAGUUUGGAUAAAAACGGAGGAUUCUGUGUGAUGGUUGAACCAGGUGUAUAUGACAUCAAACCAGUUACAACAAAACCAAUGUCCGAUGGUGGGUUGGUCAUUCUUCCAACAACCAGACAGGUAACAAUGUCCAACGCUCCGAUCAAAGAUAUUUCAUUCCAACAAUAUCACGGGAGUUUUACUAUUGGUGUGUCAUGCAUCGCUGCUUGCGAUGACGUCACAAUCACUGUGGUCGCAGAUGGUCGAGCGGGGAUGAAACCGUUCAUGCAGAAAGUUGCAAGUAAAGAGAGCAAAGCCACCGUAAAAUUCAGUGAGGUUCUACCUGGAGAAUAUACUGUGAAAGUUUCUCACACUGAUUGGUGUUGGCAUAAUGACAUCACAAAGGUAUCAGUUUCAUCACAACCCAUGAAAUCUGUUCCACAACUUGGUAGUUUUGAGCAGUCAGGAUUUGCACUCGUGUGUUCCAUAUCUCAUGAUAUCGGUUUGGAAAUCCACCACGCUGGUGAAAAGGUCGACGUAUUCUCGUUAAAGAAGGGCAGGAACCGUCUGUGUCUCGCCGAGCUUGGUGAAUACCUCCUCCAACCACAGUCCUGCCAUCAGUUCGAUGUGAAGACACCUCUGCGUUACAACACCGCCCGCCCACGUCCCGUUGCGUUACACGCCAUCGCACACCAAGCCCUCGUAACCAUGGAAACAAGUCAUGUGAUCAAACCUAACGCAGAGUCCGAAGACAAAGUUGCCGUGGAGAUGAAAACUUCAAAAGGAAAAACUUCAACAGAAUACAUGGUGAUGGACAGCAACUCAACUUCCGGGACACACACAUACAAAGCUAGGUAUUGGGCCGGUGACGGAGAAAAACUUGAGUUUAUUCCAAAAUCGAAGAUUCUUCUUUUCGAACCUCAAACAUUUUCAACAACCAUGAAAGCUGCUGAAUGUGCAAAGGAACUCGUUCGUUUCAAAGGCAUUGUGGGUAAAUUUAUCAGUGGGCAGAUUUUACCCCCGUUGGAAAACGUGGAUAUUAUGAUUUCUAUGGGAGAUGAUGUCACUGGGAUUAAAACGGACAGAAACGGGAAAUAUCGACACGGCCCCGUUCACCCUGAAGCGAUCUACAACAUACAAGCCACCAUGGAUGAUUAUGCAUUCUCGCCCGUGCAGGACAAACAUGGGGAUUUUCAUGCAAAGAAACUAAGCAAGCUUCACUUUGAGGUAACCACACAGCAAGGGGAAUCCCCCCUUCCAGGAGUUCUAUUAUCGAUAAGUGGGGGUCCGUAUCGUAGCAAUAACCUUACUGGGGAAAACGGGAGACUCACGUUAUCUAAACUGGAACCCGGGCAAUAUUAUUUUAAAGCAAUGAUGAAAGAAUACCAGUUUAACCCUUCAUCUAAAGUGAUAGAUGUCGUGGAAGGGAAAGAAACUAAACUGGAAAUUAUUGGGAAUCGUGUUGCAUAUAGUUGUUAUGGCAGUGUCACUUCAUUAAACGGAGAGCCCGAACCAGAUUGUGUCGUUCGUGCCAAGGUUAUGUCCGGCGGGGAGCAUUGUGCAGGUCAUAUAGAAGAAGUAACAGUCGGGGUCGAUGGUGCGUAUCGUGUUCGAGGUUUGCGGCCGGGGUGUCAUUAUGACAUCACAGUGAGGGAUCCUGCUAACAGGUUUAGUCGAUUGUCUCCCGAUCAUGUGACCUUGGAGACAAAGAAGGAAGACGUACGGGAGUUACGCUUCAUUGCAUUCCGUCACAUGACAGGGUUCGAACUUACCGGGCGAGUUGUAACCGAUCAAGAGUUUCUUCCUUUUAUUAAGAUGGUAUUGUAUCAAUCGUCCGAUGCAACUCCUAUCCACACGAUGUCGCUUACGAGGGCCUCCCCCUUCUUCACCUUUCCCUCCCUACCACGCGACGAAUCGGAGUACGUGAUCCGACUUGAAUCAUCUCUCGCAUCAUCCAUGUACGAAUACACAACACCAGCUGCUGGCUUCUUCACCAAGGGACCUCAUAAGCACAUCACACUCAGGUUCCAACCAAAGUUGAAAAACAUCGAACCUGAAACACCUCAAGUGUCUCUACUAACCCUUCCAGUUACUUUGGUGAUUGGACUUCUUGCUUACAACUAUUUACAGGUUUUCGAAUUUCUUCAAAAACUUUUCUCCAUGAUUGUCAGCAAGCUAGAUAAUCCUGAGGUUUCGACAAGGUCCACCAGGAAGUCACGUAAAUGAUGACGUCACGGGGAAUUCCCGGCGAUAUUUUAUGCAGAUUGAGUUGGCAAGAGGUCAUGAGAAUACUUGGGUCAAAUUCUAUUUAUGUUCACAACGAUUGAGGCAACCUAUGCGAUUUCUAUGAACUAUCUUUAUGUUUGUUUAAUUCUGUGUUGUUUGUACCAAUGUGAGAAUAAACCGAAUCAAAGUUA